AUGGCUGCAACGAUCAAAGAAACCUUCACCAACAUUGUGGACAAGAUCCACGGCUAUUCCGAGAAUGCCCCUCGCCAACCCUCCCCCGAAGAGCUCCAGCUGCUACAGCAGAAUUAUACCGAAGCCGGACAAGGGCAUGUGUUUGCGUUCGUUGAUGAAUUGAAGCCCGUGGAAAAAGCACAGCUUUUCCAUCAGCUGUCCAACUUCAACCCCACCCGAAUCAACGAACUAGCUGAUAAGGCACUGAACCCAGCCCAAACCCAGGAUGGGCCCGUUUCUCUCGAACCCUUGCCUGACAUGGCCACCGCCUCGAUUAUGGACUCCAAUCCUGGUGAUAUUCAACAAUGGUAUGAUGAAGGUCUCCAAGUCGUUGCGGACAACAAGGUUGCGGUCGUCCUCAUGGCUGGUGGCCAGGGCACUCGUUUGGGAAGCUCUGCCCCUAAGGGUUGCUUUGAUAUCGGGCUUCCUAGCCAAAAGUCUCUCUUCCAGAUUCAAGCAGAGCGAAUUGCUAAGCUCCAGCAAUUGGCAGAGAAGGUUUCCGGGAAGGGGGCUGUGAUCCCUUGGUAUGUGAUGACCAGUGGACCAACUCGCAAGCCAACGGAGGAGUUCUUCCAGAAGCACAAUUACUUCGGCCUAGAAAAGGGCAAUGUAGUCAUAUUCGAGCAGGGUGUCCUUCCCUGUAUUUCUAACGAGGGUAAGAUUAUGAUGGAGAGCAAGUCCAAGGUCGCCGUUGCGCCAGAUGGCAACGGUGGAAUUUACCAAGCCCUUCUAGCUUUCGGCGUGAGGGAAGACAUGCGGAAGCGAGGUAUUCAACACAUCCAUGCCUACUGUGUCGACAACUGCCUGGUCAAGGUUGCGGACCCCGUUUUCAUCGGGUUUGCUGCCUCGAAGGAUGUCGAUAUUGCUACGAAGGUUGUCCGCAAGCGUAAUGCGACCGAGUCGGUGGGCUUGAUUCUCCAGAAGAACGGGAAGCCCGACGUGGUCGAAUAUUCCGAAAUUGACAAGGAUACGGCCGAAGCCAAGGACCCCAAGCAGCCCAACGUCCUGAAGUUCCGGGCUGCCAACAUUGUCAAUCAUUACUACUCCUUCCGCUUCCUUGAUUCCAUUGAGACCUGGGCACACAAGUUGCCUCACCACGUUGCCCGGAAGAAGAUCCCCUGUAUCAAGCCUGAAACCGGAGAAGCUUUCAAGCCCGAGAAACCCAACGGUGUCAAACUGGAGCAGUUUGUCUUCGACGUUUUCCCCUUGAUCCCUCUGAACAAAUUUGCCUGUAUUGAGGUGCGUCGUGAGGAUGAGUUCUCACCACUGAAGAACGCCAAGGGUACUGGGGAAGACGAUCCAGACACUAGCAAGCAAGAUAUAAUGAAGCAGGGACAACGGUGGAUUGAAAAAGCUGGCGGUAUCGUGGUCACCGAGGAUGACAAAGUCGGCGUCGAAGUGUCCCCGCUGAUCAGCUACGGUGGUGAAGGACUCGAAUUCCUUCAAGGCCGUGAAAUUAAGGCCCCGGCAGUGAUUGAGAAGGAAGAAUAA